AUGUGCGACUCGUCGAAGUGGCUCGAAAUCACUUUUUGGGUGGAAUUUGUCGGCUUUCUCCUUUCCGUAGUUUCUCAUAUCAUACUCAUUUUGUUGAUUCUGGAGAAACCUAGAUCAACAUUUGGGAACUAUAGAUACUUAAUGCUGUCCUUUUCUUCAUGUGGAAUAUUUUAUUCUUGUUUGAAUUUUUGGUGUAAACCGAACAUUCAUCUAUCGAUCACCAGUUUUGCCAUCUUCACGAUACUGAAAACCUCUGCUGUCUCCCAGUUGAACGGAGUUUUAUUAAUUACAUUCUACUGUUCCUCCUACGCCAUGAUGUUAUCACUUCUUUCGGUUCAAUUCUUCUACCGAUAUACUUCCGUCACAUCUCCACUGAACAUCACCAGAUUUUCUAGGAAAUCAGCACCAUUUUAUGUAGCAUACGUGCUUGGAUUCUUUAUUGUCUGGGCUUUACUUACCUAUUUUAUAAAUGGUCCCAGUGAGAUGAAUGAUCAGGAGCUUUAUCCGGCGUUUCAACUUGAGUAUUGUCUACUGCCACACGAGUUUGGCUACAUUGGGGCUAAAUAUUAUUAUGUUGAAAAUGGAAUUCAAAAAAUCCACGUUCCAUCUUUUAUUGCAAUAUUUAUAAUGUCCAGUUUAAUGUGCACCACUUUCUCUGGCCUAACCUACUUUGGAACAAACCUUCAAAACUCUAAAGAAAGUUGGUCUCACUAGCUAUGGAUCAAAAGAACUUCAAAAUCAACUCUUCCGAACCCUAGUUGUUCAGACGAUUAUUCCAUCGACUUUCAUGUACUUCCCAGUUUCUUGUAUGUUCUUUUUUCCCAAUGCUAGGAAUUCGAAUCGAGCAAAUUGCUAUUUUUAUCCCAAUAACUACGUGCUUGGAAUCCAUGGUGGCUAUGUUUUGCAUAAAAGAUUACAGGUUGAGAAUUUAUGGUGAGUUUGAAAAAAUCUUUAAAAAAUUAAACUUUGUAGCCAAAAACGAAAAAGUUUCAGACAUUCUCACAUGCUCGACAUCCAACCGUGUUCAAGUGUCUUCAACUCAACGUGAAUCCUUUUUUUGA